AUGCCCAAUUACACACAAGAACAACUCGAAAAAGCCGUUCACGAUGUCAAAGUCCUCGGUCACAGCCACCAAAGCGCAGCCAAAGCCAACGGCGUACCAAAGUCCACUUUACUAGGACGUCUCCGUGAAAAAGUUCUCGUCUCGUGGAUCAUGGCUCAGCAUUCUACCGGCGCAGCACCUACGCAGAAGCAAAUCAUGACUCUCGUCGCAAGGCUGCUAAGGGAGCAGGGUGAUCAUGAGCCAUUGGGCAAGCAGUGGUUGGCGCGUUUUCUUGAUAGAAAUGAGCCGCUUAAGAGAUUACCGUCGAGAGGGGAUGCUGGAACGAAAUUGAGGUCCGUUGGGCCUGAGGCUGUGGAGGUCAUCUUUUCUAUGAUGACGAACCCGCUGCUUAUGAAUAGUCAGACGGAAAACCCACAGUUAAGCCAGGGCCCAUUCCAUUAUAGUCAAGGUCAGCUUGUAAUGACGCAGGGAUACACGACAGUGAGGAUAAUUGGUACGGAAAAUGCAGGCAUCGGUAAUUCAGGUGCUGUUACUCCAGUUCCUGUCAAUCCGGUUCCUGCCAAUCCAGGUAUGGUCAACCCAAGUGCGGUUAAUUCAGGCGUAGUACGUCUAGGAGUGGUCCAUCCAGGCAUGGUUGAUAGAAUACAAGGCCAAGUCGCCAACAACACGGUGAAUAUGGGCAACGGACGAGAGCAAAAUCCGAUCGAGGUUGAUUUGGACGACGAUUCAGACGACGAUAGUCUAAACGAAGCAGAUCUGGACGAGCCCAUCACCAGCAUGGUGGUAUCCCGAAACCCUACUCAAACGAACGCGAAUGAAAAAGGUCCUUCUCAGAUACCGGAGCAAUAA